GAAGGAUCCUUAACGAAAAGCUUGAAAUUUUAAAAUAUUUGAAAAUAUCAGAGAUAUUAGUCAGAUAAGUUUUCUUAAUUAUCGAUUAAAAGGUGAUUAAAGAGGAACAAGAUGUCAGUUCCGCAAGAUGCGACGAAAAAUCAUCCAGCAACGAAUAAUAAGGAGCAAAAAGUCAUUGUAUUAUCAAUGAAAAAUAUGCCAUCCUUUAAAUUCGAUGUUACAAAGAGCUUGUUGACGAGUAAUCAAGAUAAUGGACAGUCGGUUUUUAGUUUUAAGCCUCAACAAUUGCUUUCAUCUCCAACUUCGUCACAUACUUUGCAAGUGGCACAAACGAAGACGAAUACUACAAAUAUUCAAGUUGUUUCACAGCCAAUUACAGUUACUGCAAAUAGUCCAGUUCACCAUCAAAAAAUUCAGGGAACAGCAGGAACGAUUUUAAUUCGGGCUCAAUCUCCAACAACUAAUACACAGAAAACACAACAAAAUAUCAUUAAACCACAACAAAUUUCGUUGAUUCAGAGCCAUCCAACUAUCAAAAUUCAAGACUCGUCACCGACAGGAUUACGUAAAAUAUCAUCAGAGAUAACGCUAAAAAAUCAUGCAGGACAUACUCUCUUAUUGCAUCCAACACCUACGAGCACAGUGAAAGCUCAAACUGUGAUUAAUCAAUUGCAAAUUCCAUCACAAAAGAAAAUUAUUGUGCCUGCACAAAGUAGCAAUCAAACAAAAAUGUUUCAAAUAUCAUGUAAUCAAAAUAAUCUCCCGAAGCAGCAUGUAAAAAUAAUUCAAUCGUCUAUAAAGGAAUCAAAGCCAAUUCCAAUAUUACCAAAACCAGAAAAUACACAAAAGAUUGUCUUGCAACAACAUGUCAUUUUACCAUCAACUGUUAUCGUUCAGCAAUCACCAACUUCAGGUAAUCAGAAAAUUAAACCAAAUGUCAUAACGAUUCCUGUAACAGCAUCCUCCUUACUAAAAAAUUAUGUACCUCAUUCACAACAACAAACGACUAAAUGGACAAUACCAUCCGUUUCUAAUAUAUUUCCUCCAGCAUUAGCACCUAUUCAGCCAAAAGUGACAAUUACACAGGCAACAACAACAACAACUGAAAAGAACGAUAGUUUGAAAAUGUUGAUGGAAAUUGAUGAAAUUGGAAAUUCAUCAGAAUCGGAAAAUUUUAAUGACGACGACGAAAAUGAUGUUGAAAAGAAUGAUCUACAAAAUCAAGAAGAAAAAACACCAGAAAAAGUCAUAUCAACUUGCUGUACUAAGGACAGUGAACAACAGUUUCUGAAUGUAAAACGAAUUAUCGAAGGCGAUGAUGACUUACAAGCGUCCGAAAAAACUACUGAAUCAAAGUGUGAUGAGGAUUAUAACGACAAUGAUAAUGAAAUUAAUGAUUUGGAGAAUAAAUCAGAGGAGAUAAAAGAAAGUUGUGAACAGUCGAAAGCCAUAAUAUCUACAACAACAACAAGUAUUACAAAUAAGCAGCAAAAUAAUAAUAAUAAUAAUAAUAGUAACAAUUCAAUAUUAUUAUGUGACGAAUUUAUUGCGAAUAUAACUCCAGAGGAAAGUCCAAAAAGUAGUGAUAAAUCAAAAGAUCAAGUUACUCCAAUGCAUACAAAUGAAGAAGUAACAGUGAAAAGUCAAUCAGUUGAGGAUGUAAAGAAGAAUUUGAAACUUGAUCUAAUUUCAAACUCUAGCGCAGCACAUGACAAAAUUGUAGUGGAUCAAGAGGUAAACGAAUCCAUCAUCAAUGAUGAUGAUCAAUCUAAUCAGUCAUCAAUGAUAGAACAAAAGAAAAACAAUGAUGAUAAUAAUGAGUCAUCACCAAAAAGUGAAAUGUUAUUGGAUCAAGCAUCAACAUCGAAGAGUAUUAAAGUAAAUGAUAAUAAACCGAAAAGGACAAGGAAACCAAAAAAUCCAACAGUUAUCACAAGUCUUGGAUUACCUUAUAAGCCACCACAACCAAGUAGUCGUAAGAAAAAGGUCGAAAAGAAAGUUGAAUUGGAAAUGGACUUUCAUGAUCCGCUUAAUAAAAUUUUGUGGGAAGAUGGGAUCGGUGGGCUUAAUAAUUGUAAUAAGCUCUUUGGAUUUAAUGAAUUUGGAUUAAUUGAAGUACUAAACAAGAAAGAUGCAACCGCAAAAUUGAAAUAUGAUGAGAAUCCGUUAACGGCAGAUGAUAAUUUUAACUUUAAGUUCCGCAAAAUUGCUGAUCCUCAAGAUCAAUUUACUUGUGUUAUAUGCUCAAAAUUGGGAACCAUUCGUGACUUUUUCUCACCCGAAUGCUGUAGUGAAUCAUGUUUUGCUAUAACCAAACGCAAGACAACAGAGUUUAAUACAUCGUCUAAAGAUGAAAAUGGAGAUUCUGGACAUAUUUCAUCUACAGAUGCUAAGAAAGUGAUAUUUGAAGGAGAAUUAGUUUCAUUACAUCAGUUACAACAAUAUUUACUCGAACAGCAAUUGCCUGAAACAAAGAGGAAGCACGGACAUGCUAAAAAAAGUUCGACUAUUGCAAUUCCAGAAGUUAAGUUUUCAUGGGACUCUUAUUUGACUGCCAAAAGUGUUCCAGCACCAGAAGAUUUCUUUAUUUAUACGAGCAAAACUGCCUCAAAUCAUUUCCGAGUAGGAAUGAAACUCGAAGCUGUUGAUCCAAAAAAUCAGCAUUUGAUUUGUGUCUGUUCUGUUGAGGAGAAAUUAGGAUGUCGUAUUAAAAUUCAUUUCGAUGGCUUUCCUUCAUCUUAUGAUUUUUGGACAAAUAGCGAUAGUUUUAAUAUCUUUAAUGUAGGCUUCUGUCAAAGUAGUGGUCGGAAAUUGAAUGUUCCUCAACGUUGGAGUAACAAAAAGUUUGAUUGGACAGAAUAUUUUGAUCAUACAAAUUCGGUUGGUGCUCAGCUUUACAUGUUCUCUCGUCUCAAUCAGUCAUCAAGUGAAAUGAAUCCAUUAAAAGUUGGAAUGAAAGUCGAAGUAAAACACGGAGAUUUCUGUUAUGCAGCUACAAUUAUUGAUGUGCUUAAUUUACGAGUCUUGAUACGAUUUGAUGGCAUAUAUGAAAAUUUUGGAUGUUACUGGUUCGACAUUUAUUCGCCAUAUUUGCUUCCAUGUAAUGGACACAAAACAUUAGAAGAUCAAAGCCAGUUUAAACCACCAUUUAUAUCUACUAAACCUUUUGAUUGGACCGAAUAUAUUAAAACUUGUGGUGCUGUUGAGUCACCAGCUGAUUUUUUACUUCACAAGACUAGAAAACCAUAUCAAUUUGAACCGGGAAUGAAACUAGAAGUUGUUGACAAAGUCAAUCCACAACUCAUCCGACCAGCUACUGUUUUGUGUAGAAACGAAUACAAAAUCCAAGUCAUUUUUGAUGGAUUUGACAUCAAGUAUGCUUAUUGGCUUGACGAUGAUUCGGAAGAUAUUCAUCCAAUUAAUUACUGCAAGCAAACGGAACAUCCAAUUGAACAUCCAGCUGGAGCACUUAAAUUCUUAGAAAAUAGUCUAUGCUCAAUGAAUGGAUGUCGAGGAAUUGGCAAUGGAUUGUACAUAGAUCGCUAUUUUCAUGACAAUCCUAAAGAAUGUCCAUAUAAUAUCGAUAACUGGAAAAGAUUAAUUGAACAAAAAGAAAACUCUCGAAUGGAUUAUAAACCUUAUGUCAGACGGAACAAGAGCUCAGCUGUGGCAAAUGAAAAUCGUUCAUUACUUUUACAACAAAACAAGUACAAAAAAGAAAAGCAAGAAUUAGAAAUUAAGGAAGAACCAGCUGUUCAAAUUAAUGAGGACGAUACAGCGUCAAGUGAAAAUGUAAGAGUUCCAAAAAAACGAGCAAAGAAGCGAAAGAUCGUACAAUCAGUUGCUGCUGAAGAGAAGGAAGAGAUUGUUCACGAAGAUGAAGGAGAGAAAAAAGUUAAAAUACGUGUUAUUCAGCAUUUCCUUGCAGAAUAUGGACCACAAAUGAAUUAUGCUUAUGAUUUAUGGACCAAAAAUUCAAAAAUCCUAGACAAAGCAAUGAUUACCGAUCUCUCAGAAAAUCCAAUUAAAUGGAACGUUGAUGAUGUUUGUACAUUCUUAGUCAAGUUUUGUGAUGAGGAAACAGCUGCAAAAUUUUAUGCUCAAAAAAUUGAUGGUGAAGCACUGUUAGGCUUGUGUCAAAAGGAUUUGGUGACACUGAUGGACAUCAAAAUUGGACCUGCAAUUAAAAUCUAUAAUCGUAUUCUCUGGUUGCGUCAAGAAGUUUUGACAAAAUUUACUGAAUUCUAAUAUUUUUACCCCUACUCAACAAUUUAAUUAAAAUUUCUCAUUGUUCUGUAUAGAUUGAGUUCAUUUAUUUUUUAAUUUAUCCAUAAGAUGCUUAAUUGUAAGGAAAAGAGAAUAAUGUAAAAUAAAAACAUGUUUUAUGAAUUUACAUAUCUCAUGAUUGUUUCUUUUCGUAACUGUUCAAAGGUUGUUCCGAGUAUCUCUGAUGUACUGUCAUCUAAUUUGAGAAAGUUUAUUAGGUCUGAUUUAGUUAAACUUAAUAUUGCUUCUCCGUCGAUAUCGUUUUUAUCGAAAUGUUUGAUUAUUGCUUUUUGAGAGGUAAUGUGUUCAAUAAAUAUAAAAACUUGCUCCUUUGUCCAAUAAACUGGAUUAUUAAGCAACUCCUGAAUAUUUUUAAUUUUAUUAAAUAUCGGAUACGUUUUUGAGUCACGAAUUGAUGAAGGAUGUUUACACAAACUCAUCUUUUCAUCAUGUAAAUGCUUAACAAGGUCUGUUAAUCGCAAUGAAAUUACAACUUUUUCUGUAUCACUUUCGACUCGAUCACCAAGGAAGUAAUCAUUUGUUUUAUCGCAAUGCAUCAUCGUAUCUGGACUAUUUUUUGAUACUUUGACAUUAGUGCUAUUUUCUUUUUUCGCUAAUCGUCUUUUUUCAGCCAAAGUUUGCAUCCUUUGGCGUCUCAUUAGUUUCUUCUUUCUAGCCAAUUCCAAGUUCAUUAAUCCUGAUGUACCUCUUUUCUUUUUUAUUGGUUGCGAUAAUAAUUCUUCGUAAUCUAUUAGUGUACUGCCUGUUUUAAGAUGUAAAGUAGGAAUUGCUUUAUCAUUUAAUGAUUUAUCAGCAUUCAGAAAUUUAUGUUCAAAAUGUUUUAUGCAAACUAAAGAACCGCGACUUAAUUUCUCAUUAAUAUCGUCCUUGUCUAUAUUUUUGUACCAUUUAUUUUGUAUUUCAGCGUUUUUUGGUAAAGGGAACAUAGGAAUUUUUUUAAAAUCACCACUUUGGUUCCAUUUUGAAUCACAACCAGUAAUAGCACAUUUGUGGCUCAUAGUGUUGGACAGAAGCUGUUAAUCCUUAUUAAAUUAAAUUUUAAAGACUGUCAAUACAGGGUUGUUAAUAGGUACCUGCUUAAAUCAUUUAUCAUUAAUUCACGACUUUAUG